AUGUCGUCCAAGCCGCCCGAAGCUCCUCAUCAUGUCAUUGAUCUCCCUGAUGAUGACGACGAGGUGCCACUGAAGGCGAGGAAGAAUAGAAAGGCGCCGGCUGGCAAGGCCACUCAGACUGCAUCAGUUCCUGAGGAAUCUUCAUCCAGUGAUGAAGUUGGAUCCCUUACAGAAAAUAAUUCCUUCGAAGCAUCUGAAGCUAAGCUACAGAAUUUUGACUCUUGUGAAAUUGAGGAAGAAAAUUGUUAUGUGGAUGAUGAAGAUGAAGGCUGCUAUGAUGAUGAAUAUGAGUGGCCUGAUUAUGAAUUUGACGGAAGUGACUUCAAUCAGCAGCUGGAUUAUAAAUUUGACGAUUUAGAUCUGCCUCCAGGUGUGGAGGCUAGUGUACCAUUGUUGCAGAAAGCUAUAACUGAUGAGGGGCCUGGCAAUUUUAAGUCAAUGCCAGAAAUAGAGGAUGAAAUUGGUAAGAAAUACAGGUUUUUUAAGCAGUUCGACACUGUUGAGGAUUUCUCUGAUCAUCGUUAUGCUAAAAAACCUGUUGGAAAGACAGGGAAAGAGUGGACCAAAAGAAUUCAGCAUGACUGGAAACUCCUGGAGAACGAUUUACCAGCGUCGAUAUAUGUUCGUGCCUCGGAAAAUCGAAUGGACCUUCUCAGGGCUGUGAUGAUUGGGCCUCGGGGAACACCCUACCAUGAUGGCCUCUUCUUCUUUGAUGCUCAAUUCCCCGCUAGCUAUCCCGCACGUCCUCCAGUUUUACACUAUCACUCUGGAGGACUUGAGCUUAAUCCAAAUCUGUAUGCUAGUGGAAGAGGCUGCCUUAGCCUCCUGGGCACCUGGCGUGGGGAUGACUGUGAGAAUUGGAACUCAGCUCAGUCGACCAUGCUGCAAGUGCUAAUCUCCAUUCAAGCUCCCGUAUUGAACGAAAAGCCGUACUUCAACGAGCCAGGAUUCGAAACCGAUGCCAAAUAUGCUAAUGGACAGAGGAGGUCCUUGGAGUAUAAUGAUACAACAUUCCAGAACUCGUGUAGGACGAUGUUGUACUCGCUUCGUAGGCCUCCACAGCACUUUGAAGAUCUCGCCGCCGGGCACUUCCGUGAACGUGGCCGCGCCAUUCUGGCUGCAUGCAAAUAUUACAUGAAGGGUAACGAGGUUGGGUCCAUGGUUCCUGAUGAGGAAGACGAGGGCAAGGAUCUGGAUAAUGCAAAUGCUGAAGGGACCAGCAUCUGCAAUGUGGUGAAGCCAAAGAAGCAUGCAAGGGCAGGUCGACCUACAUCCUUCAAGGCCAAAAUGGAGGUUCUGUUUGAAGAGCUCCUGAUGGAAUUCAACGUGAAGGGUGCUGACACCAGGAAGUUCUGUGCCGAGAAGUUGAAGAAGAGCCAGUCUGCUACUGCUUGA